UUCACCAUCUCCUUUUUACCUUCUGUUGCUGGAUUUCUUUGUUCGGUUGUUUCGUCCUUGGGCUUCACUUACAUGAGAACAGAGGUGAACUCCUUGGACCUCAACAACUUCCCGGAGGAACAUGGGAAGGAAGCGUUUGACGGAAGCUCCCCUUCCACGGCCAUCGACAGGUUUAAGAAGAAGAAGAAUGGAGGAAAGGACGAGUCUUAUAAGGUAUACGAGUGCCGGUUUUGCUCGCUCAAGUUCUGCAAAUCUCAAGCAUUGGGUGGCCAUAUGAACCGGCAUCGACAAGAGAGGGAAGUCGAAACGCUGAAUCGUGCUCGCCAACUCGUGUUCAGCAAUGAAGGUCCGGUCGCCGCCGCCGCCGGUCACAUGGGCUUCAGCGAUGCUAGUUAUGGAGUCUCGCAGACUAUACCUCUGGGAGAUUUCCAGCACGGAGGCGACAAUAUCUGCGAGCAAUUUCUACCAGUUUUCCACAUUCCACCAACACAAUCGCCACAACCACCGCCGUUUUGUUCAUGCAUUGGCCCUUCCAUCUCGUCACACUCAAACCCCUACAUCCGAGACUACGAUAAUGGGCGUGUCCCAACAGCGAGGUGGCGCCACCAGCAUUAUGUCUCAGCGACUGCCAACUUCACGUGCUUCGGAGUUCCUCUGGCGAACACAUCGCAAAUGGAUGGAGUGGUAGCACAAGUUGUCAGGGACAACAUGAGGGGCCACUGGUAACUACGAAAGAUGCAAGGAAGCGGAGCUAGCUGCAGCCAUGGACAUGGCUAGUCGGUGGUUUCCUUUUCUCCAUGGACUGAUCCAGCUAUGGAUUCCGAUGUUAAAUUGGUCGUUCCCAGCUUUCAUGAGUUCCUUUACGAUCGCCAUUGUCAUGGAAAGGGGAGACAUGAGGUGAAAUCGGUGUCGGAAUUCACA